AUGGUUGCUAACCGUACAAGUGCACAAAAUGAGAGGGACGAAUCACAGGUUCAACAAAUUCAGCAGUCCCAAGCAGCUCCCUACUCAUGGGCCCCAUCUGAGGACUUGCGUUUCAUCACCACCACCUUUCAGCACCUACACACCUCAGGAUGGUACUGGGGUGGUGUGACAGCCAGUGAGGCAAGGGAUGCCCUCAUUGGAGUGUCUGAAGGGACUUUCCUUGUGCGUGACAGCAGCCAUCCACUCUACCUCUUUACCCUCUCCAUACAGACCUGGAGAGGCCCCACUAACGUCCGCAUCCAAUACGACAGCGGCCGAUUCCGUCUCGAUUCCAGUUUUCCAGCCCGAGCUUGCCUGUUGUCCAUUUCUGCUCUUCCUAGUCUCGUGCAGCACUAUACAUCCACGAGUCUAGGGGAGGAGAGGAUAGCAGAAGAACAUCACGUGGUGUCAAAGGACAAUGGCAUCCUGUUGAAGCUCAGGAAGCCUCUGCACAGGCCUAAGGCCUUUUCAGCAUUACAGCACCUUACACGCCUCACUAUAAACAGACAUGCUGGUUGCCAUACACAGUUGCCGCUGCCACGGCCGCUGCCACGGCCGCUGCUGCUUUACUUGCAAGAAUACCCCUUUCAGGUGUGA